AUGAAACCAGAUCAGAUAACCAAAAGGAUUGACGAGAUCAUGCGCCUGAAACCCGCAAAGGACUUCAACUCAAAGCUGGAUCGAAUCAUGCGUCUCGGCAACGUAAUCUCCACUUUCCAAGUGAACUGGAACUUAACCCAACAGCCUGAUAUUCCAAUGAAGGAGCGUUAUGGCGAAAUGCUCCGGAUAUUGGACCAGCGCAUCGCACAGGAUGCAAAGCAGGAAACGCCUCGAUGGACAUCUGAGGAAAGGCAACGAUUUCUACGACUUAUGCGUGGCCAUGGUACCUUUGGUUUCGUUAGUAAGACUGCGAUGUACUCGAUGGCGGCAUUGGGUGCCGCUGGUGCUUUUUACUGGGUUGCGUUGAAGUUCGAAGUUCCUGAUGACUGA